AUGCGCAUCGUGUUCGACGCGUCAUCGCACUCCGACAAAGACACGUCCUUGAACGACCACCUUGAGAAUGGCCCAAAAGUACAACCGGAUCUGCUGGACAUUCUACUGCGUUUUAGGACACAUCCGAUCGGAAUUGCAGCGGAUAUUGAAAAAGCAUUUCUUCAAAUCAGCGUUCACGAAGAAGACAGAGAUGCACUCCGUUUUUUAUGGUUUGAAGAAGUGCCAUCACGAAUGGACAGUCAAGGUGCCAGAAUGGUUGAAUGGCGCAUGACAUAUGUGCCGUUCGGAACGACGGCCAGUCCCUUUUUACUGACAGCUACGCUUCACCAUCACUUUAUGACUAUAGAUGGGGAACUAAGAAGUGCCGCGAACACACUUUCGACAUCGUUCUAUGUCGACGACUUGUUAACGGGCGCUGCUACCUUUGAGUCUGCGUUGGAGCUCUAUGAAGACUCAAACGUCAUCAUGGACCGAGCUACCAUGUGCCUACGGAAGUGGUCAUCCAACUCUUGUGGCUUCAAGAAAUAUUCUCUACGGAUAAACGAGACAUCGGCUAGAAUCUACAAUCCUCUUGGCCUCCUGAACCCGUUUACUGUUCGGGCAAAGAUGCUGUUUCAGUCACUAUGGGUUGAACAGAUCGGUUGGGACGAGGAGAUGCCACCCGACAAACAGCGACUCUGGCAAGAUUGGUGUGAAGAGGUUUCCGAGCUGAGCAACGUCACUGUAGACCGUUGUUUACGCCCGUGUGGCGCCGAGGACCUGCAAGUCCAUAUCUUCUUCGACGGCAGCCCGAAGUGCUAUGGUGCCGUGGCAUACUUGCGGGCUGAAAAGAGCGGAUCCGUGACGUUCACGCUCAUCUUCUCGAAGUCCCGUGUGGCUCCUAUCAAGCAGAUGACACUGCCGCGUUUAGAACUUAUGGACUCGACGAUCGUCCUGUGGUGGUUCCGGAAGCCCCCUAGCGAAUGUAAGCAAUUCGUCAGCAGUCGUGUUCAAGGAGUUCAGCAGAAUACGGACACAAAACGGUGGAAGCAUUGCCCAGGAGCGACUAACCCUGAAGACUGUCUCACCAGAGGGAUACCAGCACGAACACUUUCAGAAAAGUCCACAUGGUGGUGCGGACAACAUUGGCUAAUCAACGAUCCUACGACCUGGCCAGCGAACGAUAUUGAAUGGGACAUGAAGGCAGACGAAGAACGAAGCUUGAAAGCAACAGUCUUGCAGAUUUCAUCAAGCCCAUCACCCCUUCUUAACGUCGAGAGUUUCAGUACUUGUAGGCGGCUGCUAAGAGUCACGGCAUGGGUUCUCCGGUUUGUCGGUAACACACGAAGGUCAACGAGUCUGAGCUACUCCUGGCUGACCGCCGAAGAGCUACGAAGAGCCCAGCUCUACUGGGAGAAGCAGGCACGAAGUGAGAGUUACGCAGAGGAGCAAUCCCGGCUGAAAGAGCGACGGCCGGUCUCACUUCAAUCAAAAAUCGCCUCACUGCGACCCUACCUCGACGAUUAA